AUGGAAAUAUCCCAGCCCAGCAUCGGCAUCUUUUACAUCAGCAAAGUGUUGGCCCUGGCUCCAUAUGCCACGCUACGGAACGCAAAAGGCCAAGUGGAAAUUGCUCGCAGUUGGCUUUUCACGGUUUAUUCAGCCACUUUGGCGGUGGUAAUGGUUUUCCUUACCUAUCGGGGUCUUUUGUUCGAUGCCAACUCCGAAAUACCCGUGCGUGCAUCUUUUAGAAUGAAGUCGGCUACGUCGAAGGUAGUGACGGCCCUGGACGUUUCUGUGGUGGUCAUGGCCAUCGUAUCGGGUGUAUACUGUGGGCUUUUUAGCCUGAACGACACGCUCGAGCUGAAUGCUCGUCUCAACAGGAUUGACAACACCUUAAAUGCCUACAACAACUUCCGAAGGGAUAGGUGGCGAGCUUUGGCCAUGGCCGUGGUCUCUCUAGUGGCCAUAUCCCUUCUGGUCGGUCUUGAUGUGGGAACUUGGAUGCGCAUAGCGCAGGAUAUGAACAUAGCCCAAUCGGACACGGAGCUCAACGUCCAUUGGUAUAUUCCAUUUUAUGGCCUGUACUUCAUCCUCACCGGAUUGCAAGUGAACUUUGCAAAUACAGCCUACGGACUGGGAAGGCGUUUUGGGCGCUUGAAUCGAAUGCUGUCCAGCAGCUUCCUCGGUGAGAACAAUGCCUCCAGUGCCAUUAAGCCGCAAAAGGUUAGCACAGUGAAGAACGUCAGCAUUAAUCGCCCUUCGAUGCCAUCGGCGCUGCACGCCAGUCUGACUAAGCUAAACAGCGAAACUCUGCCCAGCGAUUCCCCAGGUGACAAGGCAGCCGCUCGCAGUCUAAUCCUCAACGUGGAGUUACUCAAAUUGGGUUAUUUUCCAGCCAAGAACAAAGGGCUGCUCCUCAAAUCAUUGGCCGACAGUCACGAGUCACUGGGAAAAUGUGUCCUGCUCCUAUCGAACUCCUUUGGCGUUGCGGUGCUGUUCAUCCUGGUGUCUUGCCUGCUGCAUCUGGUUGCCACCGCCUACUUUCUGUUCUUGGAACUGCUGAGCAAGCGGGACAACGGAUACCUGUGGGUGCAGAUGCUCUGGAUAUGCUUUCAUUUCCUGCGAUUGCUCAUGGUGGUGGAGCCGUGUCACCUGGCUGCCAGAGAGUCCCGCAAGACCAUUCAGAUUGUGUGCGAGAUCGAGCGGAAGGUGCAUGAGCCCAUCCUUGCGGAGGCCGUCAAGAAGUUUUGGCAGCAGUUAUUAGUGGUUGAUGCCGACUUCUCAGCUUGCGGAUUAUGUCGCGUCAACCGCACCAUCCUUACAUCGUUCUCCUCGGCCAUAGCCACCUAUCUCGUGAUACUCAUUCAAUUCCAAAGGACCAACGGCUGAGUCAUGGAAUCAGAUAUUAGAUAUACAAAAAGUGGCUUCUUUUAUUA